AUGCUAUGCGAGUCGGCGCUGCCGGUGAUCGUGUUCCUGCACGGCGAGUCGUACGAGUGGAACUCGGGCAACCCGUACGACGGCAGCGUGCUGGCCGGCUACGGCCACGUCAUCGUCGUCACGCUCAACUUCCGGCUCGGCGUUCUCGGGUUCCUGAAAACGGGCGCGAUGGGCAGCGCGCAGGGCAACUUCGGGCUGAUGGACGUGGUGGCGGCGCUGCACUGGCUGCGCGAGAACCUGCCCGCGUUCGGCGGGGACCCGGCGCGCGUCACCCUGCUGGGGCACGGUUCUGGCGCGGCGCUCGCCAACCUCGUCGCCGUCUCCUCCGUCGCCAAGGAGCUGGUACGGCGCGUGGUGCUGCUGUCGGGGUCGGCGCUGAGCCCGUGGGCGGUGCAGCGCGACCCGCUGGCGGUGAAGCGGCGCGUGGCGGAGCACACGGGCUGCCACGGAGACCUGCUGGCCGAGGACCUGGCGCCGUGCCUGCGGGACCUGCCGCUGGCCGCGCUGCUCGCCGUGCGAGCUGACGCUCCGCGCUUCCUGCCCGGCUUCGCGCCCUUCCUCACGCCGGCGGACGCCUCCUCGGAGGCGGCGGAGGCGGCGGCGGCCGCGGCGGAGGCGGCGACGCGGGCGGCGGCCGAGGAGGCGGCGCCCGCCUGGAGGCUGGCCGCCGACGGGGACUCCCCCGCCGCCGCCGCCGCCGCGGACUUCCCCGACCGCGACCUGCUCUUCGGCCUCACCACCACCGAAUCCUACCUCGACCUCAGCGCUCAGGACCUGGAGUUCGGCUUCAACGAGAGCCGGCGCGACCGCAUCCUGCGGACGUUCGUGCGGAACGCGUACCUGUACCACUUGAACGAGAUCUUCUCGACGCUGAAGAACGAGUACACGGACUGGGAGCGGCCGGUGCAGCUGCCGCUCAACGUGCGCGACGCGACGCUGGAGCUGCUGAGCGACGGCCACACGGCGGCGCCGCUGCUGCGCGUCGGCUUCCUGCACGCGGCGCGCCCAGGGCCCGGCCGCACCUAUUUCCUGCACUUCUGCCACCAGGCGGCGGAGCGCGACUUCCCGCAGAGGACGGGCAGCGUGCGGGGCGAGGACGUGCCGUACGUGCUGGGCCUGCCGCUGGCGGCGGCCGCGGCGGGCGCGCUGUCGCCGCAGCAGCACAACUUCAGCCGGCAGGACGCCGCCGUGUCGCGCCUGCUCAUGCGCUACCUCGCCAACUUCGCCAGGACCGGGGACCCCAACAGCGGACCUGGCGAGCCGCCGCCUUUCUGGGACACGUACGAUGCCAUCAACCAGCUCUACCUGGCGCUCGGCGUGGGUGCCGGCGCGGGCUCGUCGCAGGCUGACACGAAGAGCCACUACCGCGGCCACAAGAUGUCCGUCUGGCUCAACCUGAUCCCGCAGCUGCACCGGCCCGGCGGCUCCGACCUCAGCAUGCGCCACCACCACUUCCAGGAGGAGGGCGCCCAGUUCUACGACGGCUCGGUGCGGCCGCAGACGCUGCAGAGGCCGGCGCCGCCGCCCCCGCCGCCCACGGAGCCUCCGCCGUGCCCGCCCAACGCCACCACGACGGGGGCUGCGCCGGGCAGCGACGGCAGGACGCCGCCCGACCCCGGGUCGUCGUUGCUCAACCAAGGCGGCGGCGGUGGAGGGGGCCUGCUGCGGCGGCUGGCCUCCUCGCACUACCAGAGCUACACGGCUGCGCUGUCGGUGACGAUCGCGGUGGGCUGCUGCCUGCUGCUGCUCAACGUGCUCAUCUUCGCCGGCAUCUACAGGCAGCGCGGGGCCGGGCGGCGCGCGCACCGCGACAAGGAGGAGGAGAAGAAGAUGGCCGCCGUGGCCGCCUCCAGCGCCGCCGCCGGCGACGCCGCCGAGGCCACCAAGAUACCCCUGGCUGGUAAUGAGAUGCCUCUGCGAGAAUUCCGCUCGUCGCCGUCCAAGCGCUGCUGCCCAGGUGCCAGCACCAUUGCUGGAAGUGGGUCCAUCCCUGAUCCACCGCCACCUCCCAAGAAUCAUCCUCCAGCCCCAGGAAUCCUCCGUCAAGUUGGUGGUGGCAUGCCAACUCCUGCAACAGCAAAGAAACGUGUUCAGAUACAAGAGAUUUCUGUCUGAUAGUUUGAGUAGUCGAUCUCGGCCCCCCAAGUCUUUCAGUUGACAUUGCAGACAUGGAUUACACAGCAGAAUUUGCCCUUCUGUGUUAUUCCAAAUGGAUUUAAUGCAUCAAAAAGGCCACAGAGCACAUUGUGUGAAACUUAGAUUAAUGUGCUUUCCUGUAUGAUUAUGACAAGCCUUGAAUAUCAGGCCUACUUCAUUUUAGAACAUUUUUCUAUAAUGCAAUUUGGUGAAUUAUCAUUUUGGAAUUGUCUCCUAAUUUGUUUUUGGUGUUCUGUCAUUCAGAAACAUGCUGCAUUUUGUAAUAUCAGACUACAAUGAAUUAAUAUUGAAAUCAUAAUUACCAGACAAUGGUGGAUACAAAUUCCAGAAAAUAUUACAUGAGUGGAUUUCUGUCUUUUGCCAUAAUUUACCUGAUCAGCUGAGUGUCAGAAAUAUGUGCAGAGAAACAUCCAGACCAGUGCAGGUACUGUAGGAAAAUGAGCGUUACAACCAGAAAUGUGAGACUGUGAUAACAGCAGUUGUUCUACAGUGUGAAAGCAGUGAUGUGAUUUUGUUCUGCUGCUCAACUAUACUACUACACAGAAAAUCAAGUGCAGCACAUACUGUGAUGUUGAGCAAGGUUUUCUUUUCAUUCAAUUAAAAUAGAUUCUGAAGACAAACCAUUUUCAUUUCCUAAGCAGCAGGAAGCAGUGACUCCCCAUCAGAGGAAAAAGUGGGGGCUGCAAACUUCUAGAUGUCUUUCUCUAUCUUCACUUUUUGUAUGUUGAUAAUAGUAUUACUGAUAUGCUCUAAUGUGACAACUGUCAACACAAAUGUUUACAAUCAAGAUUCACAAAUGUUCCAUGCAUCUCUCUGAAGACUUAUUUUUGUUUCUUCACUGAAACUGCACAAUAAAUUAGGCACAAACAGAAAAAUACCAAUAAUAAUAACAACAGUGAUAACUGAUUACAAAGCAGUUCAACAAUAAAUUCUUAUUCAGCAGCAGUAAAAGGUAUGUUUCAGUGAAUAUAUUCUUAUGUGAGGCAACAUUCAUGAGCUAUUUUGUGAUAUUCCUAAGUCACCAAAACUGUACAAAUGUUGAAAGGAUCAAAACUGCACUAAGCACAUCACUGAUCCAAUUCAGAUGAAAUGAUACCUUUUAACAUCAGCCUUUUCUCAUCCUGUGAUUAUGUUAAUAAUAAUUAUUACAAUUAUUGUUGUUGUUGCAACACAUUAUGUGGCUAUUGUUCUUCGUGAAUGACCUCAUGUAUUGUACUCCCUAAAGUCGCUGUGUAAUAGUACUGUACAUCAAUUUCAUGCAUUUUGAAGGCAUUUCUUUCUUUCCUUGCUUCUCAAAUUUCCAGCCCCUCUCAUUUGUACUUCCUUUCCUCCCCUCACUCCUCCCACCCUCAAUCCCUUUCUGCUUCA